AUGCGGUAUUCUCAUGGUGACCUUGCCAUCCUCAGCGCCGAGGUUUACAAUGACAGUCCAGCGUCUGGGCCGUUGACACGCCGAGUGGCAGCAAGACGGUCGCGCCCGUCCCCUCCGUCUUCUUCAACCUCCCCUGGCCCUGAGGAGGGUCCAAGAAAGCGUGCAAAGACAGGGCCAACAGGCCCCGCUGAGCCUGAGGAGGAGCAGAAGAAGAGGUCAAGGGGACGCCCGCGCUUGGACACCAAGGACGAGACAGCUGCUGACCGGCGGCGGACCCAGAUACGGCUUGCGCAAAGAGCGUACCGCAACCGCAAGGAGAAUGCCAUCCAGACCUUGGAACAGAGAGUCCAGCAGCUCAAGGAUACCAACGAGGAGAUGAGCAAUGCGUUCAUGCAGCUACACGACUUCGCGCUUAGCAAUGGCCUGCUGGACAGGAUUCCCGAGUUCGGCAGCCAACUGCGUGCCACAACGGAGAGAUUCCUCUCCCUGGCACGCGAAGCAAGCGACGAUGAUGCCAAGGACGGCGACCCGAAGAGCGAUGCCAGCAACAAACACCCUGAGUGUAGACCCGGCAGCGACGGUAUCCAGUCCACCAACUCGCCCCCUCAGAGUGACAAUGCGCCACCCACGGUGACAACGGCACCGGGAGAAAAGCCAACCCUCUUUGGAGGACUUAUCAUAUCGAGCGAACCGACGGACUUCGGAUCGAUGACAGCUGCUGUGCCCAUCUCCCUUUCCCAGCAACUUCCACCCUCGCCAACCUCCAACUUCAACCAGUACGAAGUCGUCACCCUCCCCACACCCGAGAACGCAAGCUUCUCCACCUUCCUCUCCUUCCCUCCCGACUUCGGCAACAGCAACAACAACACGACCAGCCUCGAAAGCGUCUUCGAUCAACAGAACAACCAACAGCAGCAUCUCCGUCCCACUUCCCGAACGACCGCCGCCCCAUUAGCACCACCACCACCCCCAUCAUCAUCAACAUCAACAUCAACCUCCUCGCCCUCACCAUGGAACUAUGCCCCGCCCCUCCCCAACACCUACGCACACACGCUCGAGUCCACCUUCGGCCGGCGCCUGCAGCGCUACACGCUAGAGCGCGCCUUCGUGCUCAUCUCGCUGCCCCACCCGCCCGAGCACGUCGUGAGCCGCGUCUUCGGCUUCUGCCUGCUCUUCGAGUCGCGCGCGGCCAUCCGGCGGCGCCUGCGCCGCGUGCUGGGCCAUGACGCGCAGCAGAACCUGUCCAACUGGCAGUUCCCCUUCUUCCAUCUCGGCGGGGCCGGGCGGCACAGCUUUGUUGAUGUCUCGUCGUCGCCGUCGACGACGGCGGGAAUGGGGAUGGGGAUGGGGAUGGGGGGAAUGAGGGUGGGGAAUCAGGGGACUAGGGAUGUGCUCAAGCCCGGGCAGACGGCCGGGUUUGGGGCCGGGCCGUUUACUGAGAAUGUUAGUGCCGUCAGGGAUGGCAGGUUGGAUGGGGAUAUGAGGAUGGAGUUGGAGGGGUUUGGCGGGGAGUACUUUGACUGUGACGAGGCCGAGAUGUAUCUGUAUCAGAGGGGCGUGGUGAUUCCCCCGGGGAGGAUGUCAUCACCGUGGAUCGAGUUUGCUGCUACUGCUGGUGGUGGUGGUGGUGGUGGUGGUGGUUCGGGGCAGAGUAAUCAUUCUCCGUCGGGUGUGUCGCCUGCUUCGACCUCAACGACGACCCCGGGAAGUGGUGCAGGUGGUGCUCCCCGGUCACAGCAACAGCAGCUGCAGCAGGGGAUAAUCCUUGGCAACGGGUGGUGGAACGACCCGGUUGAUCCGACGCUUCCAGACAUGUUGUCACAGGGACAGGCAUUCACAACCAUGGCGGAGUCUUCAUCGUCGGCGGCGGCAUUUGCUCCGGCGUCUGACGGGAGCGGCAUGCUUUCCUUUGGGGACGGCAGUGGCGGCUCCGGAUUUGGUAUGGGCGGUCCUGCCCAAGGCCCGGGGCGCCGGAGGGUCAUUGUCGACGUUAUGAUGCUUGUGCAGGAACUGACCAAGCGGGCGACCUGUCUCGGACGAACACCAGGGUUCCGGCAGAAGGAUAUCAACGCCGCGUUUUGGGCCUCGGUGCAGGUUGGUAUAGUCUAG